AUGACGAGGAAAGUCCAGACCCAUCGUGCCUUGAACAAUUCCAAGACAGGCCCACUGCCAUUCUGUUCCAUACCUCGUCGACUGACUGGCCACCGCAACUGUGUGUGUGUGUGUCGUCACAGAACAAAAGUGGGCGGCGCUACCACUUGGAAGUCUCCGCGCGCAUUCCUCUCUCUCUCUCUCUCUCUCUCUCUCUCUCUCUCUCUCUCUCUCUCUCUCUCUCUCUCUCUCUCUCUCUCUCUCUCUCGCUCUCUCUCUCUCUCUCUUUCUCUCUGUCUCUCUCGCUCUCUCUCUCUCUCUCUCUCUCUCUCUCUCUCUCUCUCUCUCUCUCUCUCUCUCUCUCUCAAACUCCUAAACUCUCUCUCUCUCUCUGGAUCUGGAUCUGGCUGUCUCUCAGCUUAA